AUGAAAGUCCUCUUCUUAGGCGCAACAGGCUCCAUCGGCGGUGAAGCCCUCCGCCAAUGUCUCUCCCAUCCAAACAUCACAUCAGUAGUCGCAUUCGUGCGCCGCGCCCUCCCCGCUGAAGUAUCAGAUCAUCCGAAACUUCAGACAGUUAUGAUAAAAGACUUUUCAAAAUGGUCGGAGGAUGUUUUAUUGCCGCAUGUUGAUGCUGCUGCUAUGAUCUGUGCCAUGGGUUCGUAUAGAGGAAACGUCAACGUUGAUAUGGAGUACCCCCUCGCUUUCCAAUUCGCUUUCGCACCACUUCUCGAGAAACAGCCUAAAAGAGACCCAUUUCGGUUUAUUCAUCUCAGUGGGAAGUGGGUUGUUCAAGACCAAGAUGCGAAGUUAUGGGUAAACGACUAUCCUCGCAAACUCAAAGUACAAGGCUUGUAUGAGCUUCGCUCACUAGAGCUUGCAAAAGAGCACGCGGCUGUUUGGAAGGCUUGGAUGUUAAGACCUGGUGGUGUUAUCACAAAGAGAAUGAGAGUGCCUGGGUAUCUAGCUCAGUUGCUGUUAGGUGAUGAUUAUGUUAUUCGGAAUGAGGAGCUGGGUGCUUUCUUUACCCAUUGCGCAAUGUCGUCCUAUCUUGACAUAGAAGAGGACCCACCUCAACAUCUCCAAUUUGAUCUGAUGAAAGUGGAGCACGCAAUCACCAAUGAUGACGACGCAGCCCUAUCUCAACAAAGGACGUUCAGCAGGCUGUAUGAGUCAUUCAAGUCUAGAAAAGAUAGUUUAUGCUUCAAUGCCACGCUACUACGUAAAUGCAAGGCCUGGAACUAAUUGUUAUUACGCUUCCCUUGUCCUGCUUCGUCAUCUCAUCCCGCUCAAGAUUAUUAAGCGCCGAGCCGAGCCGAGCCGCGCGUUACGAGUCACAACCCAUCGGCAUCAGUACCUCACCCAUCUUUUUAAUGAAGAUCUCUCUAUAUAGAGUUUCAUUAACUCGGCCGAACAAUAGAUUCGUAUGACUUCAACCCAGAGUCGACGUUACAUCCAAGAUCCCAUCCCUGCCAAGCAACCAAACGUUCACCCCAUCCAAUUUGGGGAACUCGUCACCUUCGCAUGCAGGUCCAAAAGCCGCAUUUCCAAGCCGGGCACUAAAUCAUGGCGUUUCUUUAGCGCUG